AUGAAUAGAACUCUUCUUGAGAAGGAUCAUUGUAUGCUCUUACAAGCCAACAUGUCCAAAGAAUUUUGGGCUGAAGCAGUUCAUAAUGCUUCUCAUAUUGCCAAUCGAUCUCCAGCAUCACCAAUUCAUGUUAAGAUUCUGAAUGAGGUCUGGUCAGGUGAACUCUCUAACUAUUCAUACUUGCGAAUAUUUGGGUGUCCAUCUUAUUAUCAUAUUAAUGAAGGAAAGCUUGAACCAAGGGCUAAAAAGGUCAUAUUUGUAGUUUGUAUAGAUGUUACCUUUGACGAAUCCUCUAUACUUGAUCCUCAUAAAAUUUUUAUGGAUUUAUCAAGAAACGAGAACAAUGAGCAGGUGGAGCUAACGGUGGAGCUUACCAAGACAUUGGAUCAAGAUACUCAAAUUGAUGAGUCAAAAGAUGCAGAUCUUAAAGAACUUGCUUCCAAUGAACAAUAUAAAAUUGCGAAGGGAACGGAAAAAAGACAGAUACGGAAACCGUAA